AUAGGAUAAGUUUAUUCUAUAAAUACCCUAAUUAGUGAGACUGAAAACCCCAUCACACAAAAAGUGGAAAGAAACAAAAAAACAGAGGAAUGCCAAGAAUUCUCCACUAUCAAUAGCAAAAUCUCCUCUCAAUCUCAAUUUCUUCUGAAUUUGUCACUGAAUUUCCAUCAAUGGAGGAUCAAUGCACAUCUUUUGACUGGGAAUUCUGCUCUCAUCACGAAGAUGGGAGGGAAGAACUGAGGCAUGCUCUUGUGCACACAAAUUUGGAGCUUGAAACAACAAUCAUGUCAGCGAAGGAGGAGAUUUUGAGAAGAGAAUGUGAAAUUAUGAACUUGAAGGAUCUUCUGAACAGAGCCAUUAAAGAGAAAGAUGAAGUCGAGACGAAAUGUGAGAAGUUAAUGUUUGAAAAUUUGGUGUUGAUUCAACAGAACAAAAAUCAAGAACAUGAAAUCACUCCACAAAGUGACAGUGAUUCUAGUAAGAUGUUUGCUUGUUCUGAUUCUGAUGAUAAUAACACAAUUCAAUCCUCUCAAACUGACCCAAUUGUGGGAGAGGCAUUGUUAGCACAAGAACGCCCACCAACUGUUUGUAAAAAUGCCUGUGAGAAGCCACUGCCACAAAAAGGCAAGCUUCUGCAGGCUGUGAUUGAAGCUGGCCCCCUUCUCCAAAACCUCCUCCUCGCUGGGCCACUGCCUCACUGGCAGCACCCGCCACCGCUCGUUGAUACAGUCGACAUCCCGCCGGUGAUCAUCUCUCCACGCCCUUCACAGCCUCCUGCUCAAACCACUGCCAUUGACAUUAGAAAGAGGAGCCAUUCAUACCUCUCUGAUGUCUCUCCACAUUGCCACAACAAGCAUCAAAAACUUGUUCAGUAAUCAGUAAGAAUCUCAAUAUUUCAAUGCCCAUUUGCUGAUUUACUGUCAUCUUUUUUUUCUUUUUGCUGUGAUUGUGAGUGUGUCAUCUGGAUGUUGUUCUUAUA